UCAUUUCAAUGUUCAACUCUGCUCCUUCAGUUUCAAUCUUUGCAAUCCAAUCCAAUCCAAAAACUACUACUGCUGCAGUUGCUGUUCUACUACCAAGAUUGGGCUGGUGAUUAGCAGCUAUGUUCUUCUUCUGCUGCAAGUGCAGGAUUUCGUUGUUAAUUCUGCUGCAUCUGGUCUUGAAUUCUGCAGCAGCAUUACAAGAUGUUGAUUUCAUCUACAAUGGGUUCAAAGAUGCUGAAAAUUUGGUACUUGAUGGGAUGGCUGAUAUUACACCUAAAGGUCUGUUGAGGCUGACUCAUUCUAAAACCAAAUAUGGAGUUGGUCAUGCUUUUUACUCCAAUCCAGUUCAAUUGAAAUCUAAAGGUAACAACAUCAGUACUCCUCUUUCGUUUUCGACUACUUUCAUUUUUGCAAUAGUGCCUGAGAGUAAAAUAAGUGGGCAAGGGAUGGCUUUUGUUAUUGCACCCACAAGAGGGUUACCAGGAGGUUUGGCAAAUCAAUACUUGGGCAUUUUUAAUGAUACAAACAAUGGGAACCCAAAAAAUCAUAUUAUUGCAGUGGAGCUAGAUACUAAUAGAAAUGUUGAAUAUGAUGCUGAUAAUAACCAUAUUGGUAUUGAUAUCAAUGGAUUAAAAUCUGUCAAGGCCGAAUUUGCUAGGUACUAUACGGAUAUGAAUGGUGGGUAUAAGAAUUUGAGUCUUUCGGGUGGCGAACCUAUGCAAGUUUGGAUAGAUUAUGAUGGGGUGAUAAAUAAGCAACUUAAUGUCACAAUAGCUCCAAUUCAUUUACCUAAACCAGAUAUUCCAUUGUUGUCCUUGUCAAAAGAUCUUUCGCAUAUUCUUUUAGAUACUAUGUAUGUUGGAUUCUCUUCGUCUACUCAAACUGUGAAAGCAUUUCAUUACAUACAUGGAUGGAGUUUUAAGGUCAAUGGAAUAGCUCAAGAGCUUCAUGUACCAAGUCUUCCUGACCAUCCUAGGACUUUUAAGAAACAGGAGACAAUUGCUUUGUCAGUGCUCAUCCCAAUUGUUGUUCUGACCAUAUUUGCUGCUGCCAGCAUUAUCUACAUAUGGAAGAAGAAGUACGAAGAACUGAUAGAGGAUUGGGAAGACAUUUACGGAACGCAUAGAUUUGCAUAUAGAGAUCUUUAUAGGGCUACAAAUGGGUUUAGGGAAAAAGAGGUUAUAGGAAAUGGUGCAUUUGGUAAGGUCUACAAAGGUGUAUUACCCUCCACUAAAAGUCAAGUCGCUAUCAAGAAAGUCUCUCACGAUUCAACACGAGGAAUGCAGCAAUUCAUUGCAGAGAUUGUUAGUAUUGGCAAACUUCGACAUCGAAAUUUAGUACAACUGUAUGGUUAUUGCAGACGUAAAGGAGAGCUACUGUUGGUCUAUGACUACAUGCCCAAUGGAAGCUUAGACAAUUUCAUUUUUCGACGUCGCUCAACAGAUGGCUCGGUGAAAACAAUGCUGGAUUGGAGUCAAAGGUUUCAGAUCAUCAAAGGUAUAGCCUCUGGACUGGUUUAUCUACACGAAGAAUGGGAAAAAGUUGUGAUUCAUAGAGAUAUCAAGUCAAGUAAUGUUUUAUUGGAUGAGGAGAUGAACCCAAGAUUAGGCGAUUUUGGUCUUGCAAUGUUAUUUGAUCAUGGAACCUGUGAUGCUCCAACUUCUAGAGUAGUCGGCACACCAGGUUAUCUCGCACCAGAGAUGACUAAAAGCGGAAUGGCGUCAACUAGCACCGAUGUUUAUGCAUUCGGGGUUUUCUUGCUUGAAGUUGCUACAGGGAAGAGACCAGUAGAACUUAAAACAGCUUUAACAGGUGAAGGUUUAAUUUAUCUUGUCGACUUGGCUCUGACAAAUUGGAGGAAAGGCAUAAUUCUUGAGACAGCUGAUCCAAAUUUAGGAAGUGAGUUCGUGGUCGAACAGAUGGAAUUGGCUCUAGGACUUGGGUUGCUUUGUACCCAUACUGAUCCCGAGUGCAGACCAAGUAUGAGACGAGUCGUGCAGUACUUAAGCGGCGAUCUUACUCUGCAGCAAACGGAUAUGUCAUCUCUGGAGAGUAGCGAUACACUGAAUCAAGCAUUCACACGCCGCGCAGGUCCAGGAGAUCAACACCCUUUUUCUACAGAUAACACAAAGUCCAUGCCAAAUGGAUCGAUACCAUCAAGUCCUGUUUGAAUUUAGUGUUGUCCCGUCUCAUGUUUGUAAUCUAUUCAGUGUAUUAUAUUACAGUUUCUAAAAAUUUGAUGUUGAUUUUAUAUAUAGGGUUCGUGUUA